CUAUCCCUGCACCUGUUCUGCUGCUGUCUCCAGGCCUCUCUGCCCGAAUCUGCCUCUCUCUGCCUCUUUUCUUCUCUGCCUCAACCACUCCCUCUGUCCCUUCAUCUCUCUGAGCUGGUGUGUCUGGUCCUACCCUCUGUUUGGGGAGCUGUCUGGCUCUGUCCUCCACCUCUUUGCCAGUCUGUCUCCUGUCUAUGACUGAGCCCGACUGCCUGUUGCCUUUCUGCAGGUGUUUCCACGAGCCUAUCCCUACCCACCUGUCUGUUUCUGAGUGUGCCUGUGCGUCCCUUUCUCUCUGUCUCUGCCUGUCUACCAACAUCCCCUAGCAUCCCCUCCUCCCACCCAUCUGUCUUUCUGUUCCUUCUGUGGUCUGUCUGUUCCUGUGCUGUUUCUCAUGGCUGCUUUCUUUGUAACUUCGUUUCUCCUACUCUCUGUCUCCUCUCUGCACCUUUUUCUGCCAUCCAUCCCAUCUUGCUGUCCGUCUGCUCUGUGAGUCCCUCUGUCUGCCUGUCACUCUCUCUAGCUGUGGGUCUACACCCGCAAUCUUUCAGGCCAUUCCCCGCCCACCAACACACAAACAAACCUCUGUCUCCCUCCAAGUGGGUCCAGAUAGGGGGCGCCCCUUCUCCACCUCUUCCCCCGCCCAGGGCCAGAAGGAGGGAAACGAAAUUAAAAUUAACAUUUCUUCUCAGAAAAAAAAAAAAAGUACCGCCCAGAGCAGGAGUCUGAGUUGCGGCCACUUCAGGAGCUGAGAGGAGCAGGAUGGAACUGCAGGAUGCAAAGAUGAAUGGAGCCCUCCCUUCGGAUGCUGUGGACUACAGGCAGGAACGUGAGGGCUUCCUGCCCAGUCGUGGUCCUGCUCCUGGGAGCAAGCCGGUCCAGUUCAUGGAUUUCGAGGGGAAGACAUCAUUUGGAAUGUCAGUGUUCAACCUCAGCAAUGCCAUCAUGGGCAGCGGCAUCCUGGGGCUGGCCUAUGCCAUGGCCCACACAGGAGUCAUCUUCUUCCUGGCCCUGUUGCUGUGCAUUGCGCUUCUGUCGUCCUACUCCAUCCACCUCCUGCUGACCUGUGCUGGUAUUGUAGGCAUCCGAGCCUAUGAGCAGCUGGGACAGAGGGCAUUCGGGCCUGCGGGGAAGGUAGUGGUGGCCGCAGUCAUCUGUCUGCACAAUGUUGGGGCCAUGUCCAGUUACCUGUUCAUCAUCAAAUCUGAGCUCCCCCUGGUUAUCGGCACCUUCCUGUACAUGGACCCCGAGGGGGACUGGUUCUUGAAGGGAAACCUCCUCAUCAUCAUCGUCAGUGUGUUAAUCAUCCUGCCUCUGGCCCUCAUGAAACACUUGGGCUACCUGGGGUACACCAGUGGUCUCUCAUUGACCUGCAUGCUGUUUUUCCUGGUUUCGGUCAUCUACAAGAAGUUCCAGCUUGGCUGUGCUAUAGGCCGCAAUGAAACAGCAAUGGAGAGUGAAGCUCCUGUGGGACUCCACAACCAAGGGCUCAACAGCAGCUGUGAGGCCCAGAUGUUCACAGUUGACUCACAGAUGUCCUACACAGUGCCCAUUAUGGCUUUUGCUUUUGUCUGCCACCCUGAGGUGCUGCCCAUCUAUACGGAGCUCUGCCGGCCCUCCAAGCGCAGGAUGCAGGCCGUGGCCAACGUGUCCAUUGGGGCCAUGUUCUGCAUGUAUGGGCUCACGGCGACCUUUGGAUACCUCACCUUCUACAGCAACGUGGAGGCGGAGAUGCUGCACAUGUACAGCCAGAAGGACCCUCUCAUCCUCUGUGUGCGCCUGGCCGUGCUGCUUGCGGUGACCCUCACUGUGCCAGUCGUGCUGUUCCCGAUCCGCCGGGCCCUGCAGCAGCUACUUUUCCCAGGCAAGGCCUUCAGUUGGCCGCGACAUGUGGCCAUAGCUCUGAUCCUGCUUGUUUUGGUCAAUGUCCUUGUCAUCUGUGUGCCAACCAUCCAGGAUAUCUUUGGAGUUAUCGGGUCCACCUCAGCCCCCAGUCUCAUCUUCAUCCUCCCCAGCAUCUUCUACCUCCGCAUUGUACCCUCUGAGGUGGAGCCUUUCUUAUCCUGGCCCAAGAUCCAGGCCCUGUGCUUUGGAGUCCUGGGAGUCCUCUUCAUGGCUGUCAGUCUAGGCUUCAUGUUUGCCAACUGGGCCACAGGCCAGAGCCGCCUGUCUGGACACUAAUCAGGCCCUGCUGGCCCAGGUCCCUGUGCGCAUGCACAUGGAGGGGUCGGGGCCGCUCCCUAGGGUCCCUCCUGCCCAGCAUGUGGAGGUGGCUGGUUCCCAUGAACGUGGUUGUCAGAGGCGGGGGACAGCAGAGGCUGCAGACUGGCCCACUUCCCUCCUCCCCAGGGAUGCCAAGCUUGGAUCAUGGCCCUAAUCCCAACCCCAACCCCAUGGGAGGCGGAGGAGGAGGAGGAGGAAGAGGAGAAGGUGGAGAAGGUGGCGGAGGAGGAGGAGGGCAGGUCCUGGCGGAGCCUUUGCCCAGCCCAGUCCUCUCUGCCUCCUCCUGGCUGAAGCUGUUUGUCAGGAUUACCCUCGGGCUAAAGAGGAAAAAUAAAGAUGUUGAGCUACCA